AUGGCUGCAAAACUUGAGGGUCGAGCUUAUCUGUCUUCUUUUGUUGAUGCUGUUUCAAAGAAGCUGUCUUCAAUACUUGAAGAUGACUUUGUGCUCGAAAGAAAUGACUCUGAGCUUAAGUUGCUUGAAAGGUUGGAUGAUUGUCUGUGUGAUGUUGGACCUGUGCUUGAUGAUGCUGAGCUGAAGCAGUUCAGUGACGAGAGAGUGAAGAAGUGGCUUGUUGAUCUCCAAGAUGCUCUCUAUAUGGCUGAUGACUUUCUCGAUGAAUUCUCCACUAAAGCUGCCGCUGCUGCUCCAAGGGAUCCAGGUAAUUCUUAUGACUGGUCUCGCCCUGUUGAUGCAAUUAUUGAAGAUAGUGGUGUCAUUGUCAUUGAAAAUUUAGUUGGCAAACUAGAGUCUGGGGUACGACGAAAAGGUAAACUUUGUCUGAGAGAGAGUGCCAAGAUGGACAUCUCGUCAUGGAGAAUUCCAUCCACAUCUCUCGUUGUACAUUCCGACAUAUUUGGUCGGAAGGAAGACAAGGAGAACAUAAUCAAAAAGCUGUUAGAUGAUACCCGCGAUGGUGAAUCACCUCUGACUGUGAUCCCCAUUGUAGGUAUGGGUGGGAUAUGAAAAAUUACUUUGGCUCAACUGGUUUACAAUGAUGCCAAAGUUAUGGAAAAUUUUGGCACUAGAGCAUGGGUGUGUGUUGCUGAAAAUCCUAACCCUGUUAAUGUUACAAGGACAAUAAUAGGGGCAAUAGAUUCUCCCUCUUGUAACGUGGAUCAUUUUGAUUCACUUCAAACUGAUUUGAAAGAAAAGCUGACAGGAAAGAGAUUUUUAGUUGUUUUAGACGAUGUUUGGCAUGAUCGACGAGAUAUGUGGGAGGAUUUUCUAAAACCUUUUCACUAUGAGAAUACUGGAAGUAAGAUUCUCCUAACAACCCGUAGUGAAAAGGUUGCUUCUGUGUUUGCCGCUAACAAUCUACAUUAUCGACUUAGUUUAUUGUCGGAUGAAGAUUGUUGGUCGGUAUUUUUGAAGCAUUCAUCUAUUUCUACUAAUUCUAAUCAGUAUGCAACUCUAGAACCAAUUGGUAGAAUAAUUGUUGAAAAGUGUAAGGGGUUACCUUGGAGGUUUAUUGUGCAAUAAGCGUCUUGAAGGCCAUUGGAAGAAUAUACUCAAUA